AAUACAUUUGCGUGUACACAGACGGCAGUACGGUAGCAUCCAAGGGGUGUACACAUGAUGCGUUGAUAGAGAAGGUAGUUCUGUGUUUCAAUCAGUUGGGUAGGCUUCUGACUUAUGUCUGUUGUACAAUUUUAAGGGGGUGUGGGGGGAGAAUGAAAGAGCUCUUCCAAAAACACGGACGAAAUCAUGAACGGUGCCGUGUAUAUUUCGUUUUUCCAAGGCCAGCUCGAAUCUGUUCUGGAGCAAGUAGUUCAACUCGCGGUCCAGGAAAUAAGCAAGACUGUUGGGGCGAGCUUGAAUUCAAUGUUAAUGGAAACGGCUGUCAAAGAACAAGAAAACCAACGACUCAGGUUAAAGCUGCAAAAACGGGAGUUUGAACGUAAAGGCAUCGAAAAUGGGUCUCUGUCCAACGGUGGCAAGGCAGACAACGCGGCCAUAGACAGAACAAAGCCCGACUCACACACCCCCAGCCUAAGCUUGGAGCGCGGCGUGUCCGCAGACACACGAAGACUUGAGCAAAAAGGACGUGUCGUGGGCCAGCUGAAGUCUGUGAUGGAGCAGGUCCUGGACUUUGCCGUGUGCGAGCUGGGCAAGAUCGUGGAGGCCAGCUUCGAGGACCUGCUCCUGGAGAUCACGGUGAAGGAGCGCGAGCAGCAGGAGCUGGAGGAGCGCCUGCGCUGCAGCCGCCCGGAGAACGGGAAGAGUCGGGCGAGGCGGCGCUGCUCGGAGCCCGACCCCGCCUCUCCCGGCGCCGCCUCGCCCGGGAGCCCGGACGCAGCGCGCGACGAGGCGGGGGACGUCACGGGGGCCAAGAUCGCCCGGAAGGAGGACGAGGCGACAAAUGACCCGGAGAAGCCGGCUGUGCUCUCGGUGGCGCAGGACUGGGUGCCCAUCCUGGACAAGGUGUUUGGUCAGAAGUGGUGCAGCGACCUCUGGCAGAUCAAGGAGCUGGCGUCUCCCGGAAGGGGCUCGGGCUCCAGCGCGCUCCUCCGGGUCGAGGAGCUGCAGCCAUCGCCCACCUCCCCUCAGCAGGAGCCCCAGUGGAUGCCUCUGGAAGACAUGGAGGUUCUCUCCACCACCCCUGAGCCCCCGCCUGCCUGCGCCCCUCCACGCACCCCCUCAGCGGACGACUCUCCUCUCAGGUCCCCGUCGAUGCUCCACCGCCUGCUCACCCUCCCCGCCCAGCUCCUGGAGAACGACGAGGACACGGACGCCAUGGAGAUCCUGCCGGCGCUGGCAGAGACCUCGCCCUGCGCAGCGCUGCGAAUCCGUGUCGAGUCACCGAGCCAGAGCUUCCUGUCCCCCCCCACCAGAAGAGAGGAGGAGGAGGGGGAGGAGGAGGAGGGAGGGGAGGAGGAGGAGGGAGGGGAGGAGGAGGAGGAGGAAGACGACGACAAAGGGACAAAGGUGAGGAAUUCAAAGGGCAGGAAGUCUCUGGGGUGUAAGGAGUGCGGCAAGAAGUUCGGACGACCGCAACUCCUCAAGGCCCACCAGCAGACGCACUCCAUCGCCUCGGCGACGCUACGCUGCUCCGAGUGCGGGAAGAAGUUUUCCCAGGCUUCGCGGCUCCAGGCGCACCUGAAAAGCCACACGGGGAAGAAGACAUGAGUGAGCCCAGCGGGGUAGGCGCUCAGGUCUGGCUCUCGGCUCUCAUCACACACAGCAGCAUAUCAGUGGAGGUCGUCACCGCACACAAGCUCACAUUAAAGUACUUUUGGAUUUGGGAAUACAAGGCAUUACGUGACCUGUUGUUGAUUCUGAAGGUACUUUGAUACAAGAAAUUCUUUCCAGACACACAAGGAUAGUUUAACAGCCUGUUAGUACGUAUUAUAUCUCCUCGUUGUUGGCUCCAUUUGGAUGCUUUAUCAAAAAUUCGGAUGAAUCUGGCUGGAGUUGUCAUGGUUUUUUGCGGUGUAGGAAGUGUUUGUUCUGUUGUCGUGGGACUCCUGUCACUUGCUACAAGACAUGAAGUGACCUUUUAUGAAGUGCUCUUUCAGUUUUCUCGAACUAGACUUUUGUUGUUUUUGUUUCUUGUUUUUUUUUUUACACAUUUCGGAAUAUCAAGUAGAUCUUUUUCUGCUGUAAUAUUUCACAUCGAGAGCAUUUUGUACUCCAAAAGCCAGGAUACCUCUUUUGGCCCGUAGCGUCUAAUACAAACACAAACGUGGCGCUGACCAGCGAGAAUCUGACCUUUCAUUGGCAUAGGUGUUGAAUGUGAAUCACAACUUUGUUUUUUGUUUUUUUCCUUUCGCUGCAGCAGUGACUUAGAGACUUAAAAAGGGAUUUUGUGCCUGGGAAGAGAUAGACUGUCAGAGCCUGGUCUUUAGUGUUUUCCUCUGAAUGUGAAACUGGUGGAACCAGUGAUUUCUCUACCUUCAUGCAACUCACAAUCUUAGUCUUUACUGACAGUAUUUACCCCUUUCAACACAAAUACCUCAUUUUACACAGAUUCGCGUAUGUUUGGUUCAACAAAGGGAUUGUUACCUGGGUAGCCCUUUUGUAAAUGUAACACAAAUCCACAAUAUUACAGUGCAAUGUUCUCCAGAAUCACAGGACUUCCUCCUUCACGAUGGACUAGAGGCAAGCUGUGAGCUGAACACACUGGUCACAGCCUCAACAACCAAAUAACCCGUCUCCUCAAAGGGACCUUCAGGACUGAGGAGAAGGAGGAUGAUGAAGGGAAAUGGCCUCACUCAUGUCCUGACUCGUAGAAAGUCUGAAUCAUUGUCAGUGUCCUAGUAAGUGGUGCAAUACCACCAUUGUUUAUUCUCUUUGUUUUGUUCUUUUUCCCUUGCCAGCUUGUCUACAGUACAUUUAGGGAACAUCUUAAUGAAUGAAAAGCAUAAUUAUUAGUCUGCUCUCCUUAUGCGAGCGUUUGCCUGAAACAAUAUACUCUGUUAAUGGGUUGAAGGGAGAGGGGAUUCCAGUAAAGGAGGGUGUGUAUGUGUUCGAGGGUGUGUGUGUGUGUUGGGGGGGGCUGGGUGUACAGAUUUCCAGGAUUUUUUACGUGACGCUUUCUGCCUUUCUUUGGAUACAUGUUCAAAAGGCAAUCGGCUCCAAGUCCUGUGCCAGAUAUCUUGGGUAUCAUUGUGUCUUCCUAUUUUGAUUGUGCUUGUCUUUUUGUAGAUUAUUCUGCAGCUUGUGGCAACACAAAGCAUGACCAGCAAGCAAUACUGUGUGUGUGAACCUUGAGACUACGCCGUUGCUGCGUACAAGUGGCAAUGUCGGUGAGUUACCAGUCUGUUUGGAGAUGUUGGUACUUCACACAACGUUCGGUAGAGGAGCACCGCGGAUCAGUCCCCCGCGAGUCUACUGGACUUCUAGUGUCUUCCUCAGGGAAGGCUGUUUCUGUGGCUGAGUUUCAGAAUGACUUCUACACCUACAACCCCUGCUCUACCAGAGAGGAAAUUACAAUGCUGUUCCAAUCCAUCGUUUUAAAGUGCCCUAUCGCCACUGGCCGUUGCCUGUUCAGUACACGGUUGGGGUCAAGUCAAACUCAAAUUCAUUCAGUGCUUCAAAAGUAAUGAAAAGUGAAAUCCUAUAUCACAUUCUUUUGUAGGCAACGUGAAAUGACUUGAACUGACUCCAAAUGCAGUGGUUAAUGUGAGGCACGGUAGAUGCACUUCCUAACAACGUGCUAAGAAUUUGAAAGCUGGUGUAUAGAUCGCGUAUGCAGAUCAUCAGUGUCUACAUGGAAGGAAUACAUGAUGGGCUUCGACCUGCCGUCUCGUGUUUCUCUGCUAGCGUGUUUCUCUGCUAGCGUGUUUCUCUGCUAGCGUGUCAGACAGGACAGGCACCCAUCCUUUCCUUCACACUGGUAUAUGAGGACAUUGGUCUGAUUUAGACCAAUCACCAGUUAGGAUAGAAUUUCCACCCGUGUCAUUUCCCUUCUGGCUCGUUGUAGCCGAGCGCAUCACAUUUCAGUUGACUGUUGUUCGUCUCAGAACUCGUCAACGUAGUGUGGGAUUUUAUCGGCGCCACUUUCUGUUUGUGCGGGGGUUUCGUUUUUUCCUGAACAGGCAGGAGACUUGAGAUGUCCGCAACUGUGAUCAUUUGAAUUCAGGUCAAAUCAGCAACGGUUUACAUAACGUCGGCACGCAUCAAACCAUGGUUUGGGACAUCUUUGCUUCUAGACUGUAACCAUAACAAAAGAACAUUGCAUGCAAUGUAUUACAAUUUUCAUAUAAUAAACAUAUGAAAGUAUAUAUAUAU